UUUAUAAUUUUUUAUUUUUUUGCAGCCAUUUUGAUUUUUGGCAGGUUCUAAGCAUCUUCUCAUUCUUUUCUAACCAACUUGAACGAUUUUCCGGUUCUUGGCGAUCCUGUACUAGUACAUACUAACGAGAGAGGGAGUUAAGUAAACUGGAUUGUUCCCAUUGAAGUUGACAGGUUAGCGCAGCCUUGGUGUGCGUUCAGACUUGAGAGUGAAAGCAGUGCCAGGUGCGUGUGCGUGCCUGCAGGCAGGAAUCGCGGGAUAGCGUUCUAUCCACUCUGCGAGCGUAGGCAGCAGAGCGAGGCUUUUAACUGACUGGUGAUUAGCUUCGUUGAUCCAUUAUCCUUUGAGGCUUUGAUGAUUUUAUCCCAGUGCAUCCUGCUCACAAUCAGUGCUGAUUGACGACAGCUAACAUCAACCUGAUUGAUCUAUCAUCUGCCUGUGUGAUUCGCAUCUGGGUCGCCGUAUUGCUGACUGCGACGUUCUUGUUCCCUCGCUGCUGCUGUUGAUCAGGGACUUGCUGCACCUUGAAUUAAUCUAACUGUACCUCUGUCACUCUGUGUGAAAUGGCGACGGAAUCGGACGCGGAGGUGGAGUCCGUCUCCUCCGGAGAUGUCGCUGAGCUCCAGCUCGUCGUCGUGCCGCGACGAGGCGGCGGCGGCGCUGGCCAGCGGCCCUGGCGCGGCGGCGACCAACCCCCUCACCCUGCCCUUCAUCCGCGCAUCGGACCCGCAGCACUUCCACGACUACAUCCGUCUGCGCCAGAAGAUGGCGAUGGAGGCGGCGUGCAGCAUCCCCGGGGUGGUGCAGCUGCAGCGCAUUCCGCACGGGUUCAGCGAGAGCCAGCUGAGCCGCUUCUUCGCCAAGUACGGCCGCAUCCAGCGCGUCCGUCUCCUCAACAGUUCCGGUCUGCACAAAAAGGAGAAGAGUCGUCGCCACCGCGACCGCUCGGAGGGCAAGAGCAGCGCGAGCACCGCCGCCACAAAGUGGCCUACAUCCAGUUCACCCGCGCCGAGGACGCGCAGCGCGCCGCCCUGGACGUGGCUGGUCUGCCGGUGUACAACCAGCUCUUCAAAUGCUCCUAUCUGGCGGCGGAACAAGUCCCGCCCGGCGUCUUCAGCAAGACCCCCCAGGACGCGGAGCCCCUGCCCCGCCACAAGACCUCCAGCCACCGCUCCCCGCUGAAGAAGUCCUCGCGCUCCGGCGGCAAGCGCCCUUCCUCCACGCGCAGCCCGUCCCGUUCCAGCACCGCCAAACGCAGCCACAAGAAGCGCCACCGCGGCCUCUCCUUCACGCCCAACCGCCACCGGGGCCGCGACCAUACCCACCCCGAAAAAGACGUCGACAGUCCAUAAACCUCUUCGUUCUCCGGAAGCGCUAGUUUAGCUUGCACCCGAGCUUUCGUCGUCAAAAAAACAGUCAGCCAAUAAAUAAGAAUAAUUAUCCGCAAUUUUUUGUUUAUUUAUUUUGCUUUUCUCCGCGACGCUAUUUUUCUUUUUCUUGGAGAUUAAUUCGUCUGGUUGAAUGGCUAUUCGAGUAAUAAUUUCACAGUCAUCCACGAUCAAAUGUACAAGUCGGAAUACUUUUGUUAGAGGAAUAAAAAAAACAUUAACAACA